AUGUCCGCCGUUCGAUCGAGCCUCUUUUUUGUCCUACUUUACUUAAUUGGAUCGAUAGUGUGCGAGAGCAGCUCAACUAGCGCUAAUCCAACUGCAUCAACAACAAUGACACCGCCAACGAUGACAGCAGCAAUCGAAACAACCACAGCAAUGGAUUUGGGUGGAGGAUCGACGUCAAAUGCAGCUCAAACCUCAUCAGCACCAAUCGAUUCCAAAUCUGCCUCCACUGCACCUCCUGUUCCAACAAUGGCCACCACCAUAGAACCAACGAGCCAACCAACAGCCAGCCAAGGACCAACAUCGAGCGGGGAUUCGUCGACGAUAACAACAACAACAACAACAACAACAACAUCAACAACAACGACAACAACGACAACGACAACGACAACAACAACAACAACUCCUACUGCAAUGCCGCCCUCAUCGCAAACAACAAUCGCUGAUGGAACUGUUAAAACCGACGCCCCUAUGCCGACAUCAAUGGUCAACAAGAAGAAAGGGGCGUUCACCGGGAUCUAUCCGGUGUCCUUUCGAGACCCAGACAUGGGUAAGCUUUCUUCUUCAUGUACUUUG